ACAUCUCAUUAUGAGUCUGUUGUAGAUACCAAUACAUUGCAUUAAACACAUACCAAUAUUUCAGUAGUAACCAUACACAAACAAAACUAAACGUCCUUGACUAGAUUUAGUAACAUUUAGUUUCAUUUUAAAACACAGCAGACAGUAAAAUAUUAUGAUAAUUAGUGUUCAUUGUAGUUUAUACUAACAAAAUGUAUAAGACAAGUGUGCUAUGGUUGUGUACUUUACUGUGGUCAGUUGGGAUAGCAGUCAGUCCGAUACCAUCACGGUCACCAGUAAAAAAUACUAAUGUUGAUUGUACAGGACCCAUUGCAUUUUCAUCAACUGGGAGUACAUCAGUCCAUUCUACAGGUCUGGUAGCGUAUAAACAGAAUAUCGUAAAUUUAGCUGUUACAUGGGAUCGUGAGGUUGGUGUCUUCACUUGCGCUUGUUCCGGCCUCUACCAAUUCUCUUUCACUGGUUCCACCGAAGAAAAUACAAGGAUGGUGUUGAAGAAAAGAUUAAACAACGGUAAACAGUGGACACCAAUUAUAGCAACGAAACCAGGUGGUGGAUCAGCUACAAUACUUUUGGAAGUAGAAGGUGGAGAUCAGGUAGCUGUACAUUUGGAUGGAAAUUCAAAAAAGUUCAAUGCUAGACAUGAACAAGACGUAGAAGUUACAUCGUUCAGUGGUUACAGAAUAGCAAAAUCUUAGUAAAAAUAAAGUAUUGCUUUAAUUACAUAUAACACAAUACAAGAUUGGUAUUAUUGUUAACAAAAAACCUAAAAAUUAAAAAACAUCUUUAACCUUGAAAAUUACUGAGUAAACAAGAAUUGAUAUGGAAAA